AUGGAAAGCCUCAACAUUGCAGUCAUUGGCGCGUCGGGCGUCGGUAAAUCGUCCUUCGUCCAGCGCGUGCUUGGCUUAUCUCGACCUCCCAUAACCAAUGCCUCCAGCGUACGCAUGAUCGUCGACAACGUCACCUACGGCGUGACACUGCUCGAACUCGACCUCGAAUACUUCGAACUGAACCCGUUGCAGCCUAUCCAGUGGCCCAAGCAGAUCAACGGUCACAUCGUCCCUCGCGUCGAUGGCGCCCUCAUUCUUUACGAUGUCAUGAAGAAGGAGAGCAUGAAGGAACUGCCCCAGACCAUCGCUGCACUUACAAAGUCCGGCCUCCCUGCGGUCCUUGUCGCCAACAAGUGCGACCAUCCCGAGAGCGAACGACAAGUCGAUUCGCAACGCGUCGCCAGCCACGAAUACUUCAAGUCGUGCGUCGGGGUGUUCAACCUCUCGACGAGCAGCCCAGAACGGGCUAGAGCGUGCUUGAACGCGACGCUGAAAGCCGCCAUUGCUUAUCGCAAGGGUAAAUUGAGCCUCGGUUCCAGAUGCACCAGCCAACGUAAUACUGAUGAUCAGCCAGAAUCGCUCUCGGAAUCGGGCAUGUCCCGCCGUCGUGCAGCCUCGGCAGCCAACCUCGAGGCCCACGACAGCUCCAACGGUCGGCCGCUAAGUCAGCAGAGUAAACAUAGCCGAGCGAGCUCUGAUUUGUCGCUCCUUCGAGGUGUUCCCCCUCCCAUCCCCGACCACCUGCGCGGCCCACCACCCCCAAGGAGUCCUCGUAUAGCCGAAUUUGGUGGCGCGCCCUCAAGCUCGGGCUCGUUCGGAACAUCGGAAACCAUCGAGGAAGAGUCCCAGCAAACCGUCUCGAGCCAGCUUCGCACGCCCGGUAUUCGUCUCGACCGUGGACCGACCGACUCGUUCUUGGACAUGGAGGAGUCGGACGCCGAGUCCUUCAGGUACUCGGACGAGGUUCCUAUACUGCAACGGAGCGACGAGAGCUUCCUGGAGAAGCCGGUCAAGUCGGCCGGUGUGGCAUUCGAUGAGCUGGUCGACCGCCUGAUUGCUCCGCGCAUGACCAAGGCCGACAACAAUUUCUCAGAUGUUUUCUUGUGUCUCUACCGAAAGUUCGCUGCGCCUGGCGAGCUCUUUUCGGCUAUCCUCACACGGCUAGAUCGCGUCAGAGAUGACAAGUCGGCACACUAUCUCUCCAAGACGGCGACCCAACUUCGAAUCAUAGAGGUCGUCGCGAAAUGGGUGUCUUUGUACCCUGGAGAUUUCGCACGGUCGGGGACUAGGCGGAAUCUAGAGGAGUUCAUCGCACACCUUUCCACCGAGCCCAUUUUCUCGAUCGCAGCACAGCAAAUCCGGCGACACCUCGAACACAGUGUGGUGGAGGACGACGAUACCGGCUGGGCGAAAUCGGAUGAAUUGGCGGACGAGGAAGGGAGCAAAGUUUUGUCCAAAGACAAGACGCCAUCCACACCCGAUGUGUCCAACGGCAUCAGCAGCCUUCACCUCGACGACGACAAACCGAUCGACGAGAGACCAUCCGGCAGCUCCGACUUUUCGCAAGUGGACAGGACCAGCAGCGUUGGGACGCACGUCUCUUUCCACUCGUACGACGAGUAUGAGCGCGAAGCGGCGAACAUGGAGCCUACCGACGUGUUGCCCAUGAACAAGUUCCGCUACCACAUUUUCAUGGACAUUUCGGAUGACGACAUCGCUGACGAGAUGACACGCAUCGACUGGGUCAUGUUCUCGUCCAUUCGCAUCAGGGAUUUUGUACGACACGUGAGCCUGUCAUUAGAUCAACGAUCCAAAUGCAAAAGUCUCAAGAACGUUAACCGGAUGAUCAACCACUUCAACCACGUGGCCAAGUGGGUUGCGAAUCUCAUCUUGUUGCGGGACAAGGCAAAACACCGUGCGCAGAUGCUGGAGAAAUUUAUGAAUAUUGCGCAAAAGCUACGGCGGCUCAACAACUACAACGGGCUCGCGGCAAUCCUUGCGGGCAUCAACGGCACCGCCGUGCACCGGCUGUCUCAGACGUGGGCGCUGGUGCCGCCAGAGUCCCAAAAGUCGUUUGCCAAGCUGGGCAUUCUCAUGGGGACGCAAAAGAGUCACUUUGCCUACCGGCUGGCAUGGGAGAACUCGCCAUUGCCCCGGAUCCCAUACAUCCCACUGCACCGGAGAGACCUGGUGUCGGCCGAGGAGGGAAGUAAGACAUUCGUCGGACCGGAUGGUGACCGAGUCAAUUGGAAGAAGUUUGAGGUGCUUGGGGAAGUUCUUCUGCCGCUCAUGAAGAGCCAAGGGACUGCCUACCCAAACCUCUCGAAGCACGAGGCCGCGCGAGAGCUGAUUCUGGACUGCAGAAUGCCGACGGACGAAGAAGAGAUCUACCAACGCAGCGUCCAGGUCGAGAGCAUCGCAGGGGGCGGGGCGGACAUGAGCAAGAAGAAGUUUCCCUGGUUCGCCAAAUAG